CUCUAAUCAAGCUGAUUAAAAAUUCCUGCGCGCGUGCAGGCGGAAAUCCACCAUCAUCAUCAUCAUCAUCAUCCUCGUUCUCCGGCACUUUUACUUUAUUUUCGCGUUCAUCCUCCUCCAGGACAGCGACAGACGCGUGAGGACCCGAGAUCCGUCUUCAAUCGCGUCGUUUAGGAGGUUUAGAGAUGAGGAGAAGCGGCAGGCAGCGCGGAGAGGGAGGGAUGAGCCGAUGCAACUCAUAAUUUAAUGGGGACAGAGAGAAAGAGAGAGAGAGACGGAGAGAGAGAGGCAGAAGGGAAACAGAAAGAAAAGGACCGAGCGCGAAUGUUACAAAUGUAACAAGCGGAAGAUACAAUGUAGCGCUGACGUGCGUCAGGAAUGUUCGGAUGCUUUGAUGUUUCAUUCGACGUUCGAAAGUGUAUCGCGCACUUUUAAAGCUGCUUCGGAUCCGCAGAUCGGCUCGAGAUGAGAGGGCUUCGUGCUGUUGUUUGGCCAGAUGAGAGGCGAUUCACGAGCGCUUCUGGUCCUAUAGGCGCGUAUUGGUGAAGCUCAAUGGGAUGUGUAGGGAACGCUGGCGGUUACUUUUAUUUUUAAGCGUUAUUCUGCGCACAGAACGGACGGUGGAUGUGAUCGUAAACUCUAUUGAACUCUAGACUCACCGGAGAUCGUUGCAUUUCGGCUCGAUUGCAUGCGUCUACGGUCUUUAGCUCUCAUCACAUUUUAAAGUACUUUGCGCUUCGUCUAUAUGGUUCUACGUGUAUUAUGCGCUGCGAGUCAUGGCUUAGCGUGUGAUAUUAGGUUUUGGUGUGGACGAUCUGGAAGUUUUCUGUUUUAGAAUAGAAUAGCUGACAUAAAACUGAUAUUCGAGUGAAGUUUGUGCUCCUCCUGCCAAAACUUGGAAGUCGCUGUUCAUCCACAGCUCCUUUUAUAUGCUUGUCUUAAAUUGGUGACAGUGAGCAGUGGUGCUGAGAACCAUGGAGCAUCUCAGCGAAACAUGCCAAGGGAAGGAUAACUGUGAGAUGGUCAAUAAUCUGAAUGACACCAAGGCCCCUCCAGCCAAAAUGGCCCGCCUGGAACAGAACGGAAGCCCGCUGGGCAGGUCUCGUCUAGGUAGCACUGGAGCGAAACUCUCCGGAGUGCACUUCAAACCCCCUGGACAUCAUCUGAUGGCCUGCCACAAGAGGGGUAACAUGCUGCCAGUGUUUUGUGUGGUGGAGCACUACGAGAGCCCCAUCGAAUUUGACAGCAAAGAGGAACAUGCUGAGUUCGUUCUGGUCAGGAAGGACAUGCUCUUCAACCAGCUAAUCGAGAUGGCCCUGCUCUCCCUGGGCUACUCGCACAGUUCGGCUGCACAGGCUAAAGAAACGACACCAAAUUUUGUCUUGCAGAGUAUGAUUUCUUCAAUUGUUAACAGCACUUACUAUGCAAAUGUGUCUGCGGCGAAGUGUCAAGAAUUCGGACGCUGGUAUAAACAUUUCAAGAAGACAAAAGACAUGAUAGUCGUGCGCCAGCCCUCCCAGCUGGAGGGCUACCUGGGGACGUGUGUCCUCCAUGACAGUCCACGUGCCACCACGUUAGCUGAGAUGGACAGUCUGUCUGAUCUUUCUCCACCCGGAACCAACCACCUCAGCUUCAGUCAGCAGCCCAUCCCGGGCAGCACGGCCGAGCAGUCCCCAUCCCCGGUGCCCCUGUCCCACAGCAGUCAGGCCCCCAGCCGCGCCCAGCUCCCCGGCCUGCACCCCGGCCUGGUGUCCACCCCCAUCAGCCCCCAGCUGGUGAAUCAGCAGAUCGUCAUGGCUCAGAUCCUCAACCAGCAGUACGCCGUCAACCGUCUCCUGGCCCAGCAGUCCCUGAGCCAGCAGUACCUCAACCACCCGCCCGUCAGCCGCGCGCUCAACAAACCGCUGGACGCACAACUGUCCACCAACUCCGAGGUCUCACUGGAGAUCUACCAGUGGGUCAGAGACGAGCUGAAGAGGGCAGGAAUCUCCCAGGCUGUAUUUGCCCGUGUGGCCUUCAACAGGACGCAGGGUCUUCUGUCUGAGAUUCUUAGAAAAGAGGAAGACCCCAAGACAGCGUCUCAGUCGCUCCUGGUCAACCUGCGAGCGAUGCAGAACUUCCUGCAGUUACCGGAAGCGGAGCGCGACCGCAUCUACCAGGACGAGAGGGAGCGCAGCUUGACUGCGGCCUCUGCUAUGGGCCCUGCGCCCCUCAUCAGCACCCCUCCCCCACGCCCUGUACAGCCCAGAAGAGAGGAGUGUAACAGUGUGAGACCAGAAGACUGGAAUCCCAGAAUUCCAGUGGGCAUCUCUCCUGUGAAGCCCAGCCCUCUGACCUCGGAGUGGAACGGGAAAUCUGAGAACUGUGUGUUAAACAUCAACUCCUCCAUCUACGACGAGAUCCAGCAGGAGAUGAAGAGGGCCAAAGUGUCCCAGGCCAUGUUCGCCAAGGUCGCCGCCUCGAAGAGCCAGGGCUGGCUCUGUGAACUGCUGCGCUGGAAAGAGGACCCGUCCCCGGAGAACCGCACGCUCUGGGAGAACCUGUCCAUGAUCCGCCGGUUCCUCAGUUUGUCCCAAUUGGAACGGGACGCUAUAUAUGAGCAGGAGAGCAACGGAGGACAGCAGCACUAUACGGACAGACCUCCUCACCUGCUGCAUAUGCCCACCGACCCAUUACAGACUCAUCAACAGCCUUCCUCUCAGCUCCAAGCGCCGCUGCCCCUGCCCCUGCUGCACCCCUCACAGCCUCCUCCAUCCCAGCAGCCCCUGCAGCAGAUGGGACCGCGGCUGCCCCCACGGCAGCCCUCCAUGGCUUCGCCCGCUGAGAUCGAGGACGAGACCCGCUGCAAGAGCCGCCAAGGCAACCGCAUCUCCAUGGAGGCGCUGGGCAUCCUGCAGAGCUUCAUUCAGGACGUGGGCCUGUAUCCGGACGAGGAGGCCAUCCACACGCUCUCGGCACAGCUGGACCUGCCCAAACACACCAUCAUCAAGUUCUUCCAGAACCAGCGUUUCUACAUCAACCACGCCGGCAAGCUGAAAGAGCCGCCCCUGGGCUUCCCCUCCAACAACAAUAAGGACGAGGGCCUGACGGACUUCAAGGAGGGCGAGCUGCUGACCGAGCUGGAAGAGAGCGUGCAGACCAACAGCACAAUGUUCUCCAUUAAAAUGGAAGAGCACCUGGCGCCCGAAACGCACGCCAUGGGACGGGCCCAAACGGAGCAGGAGGCGAGAGAGUAACGGACGGCUUGCUUUUGCUUCAAAUCUUAUUCUCGUUCACUCCUGUCUGUGUUCCAUGAGCGAAACUGUAAGACCUUUUACACGAGACUGAAUAAUACAGAGAUGAUUAACUUUCACAGUUUUGUAAAGCGUGGAUUAUUUCACUGUAGAGACUCGUGCAUCAUUUCAAUAAUCUGCACAACGAAACAAAAUGUAAAAAGAAAAAUCCUAAAGGAGUAGUUCACUCCUAAAUGAACAUUUUUGUCGAAACUGUUGUUUCCUUUUUUUAAGUGAAUGGCGACUUGGGCAGUCAAGCUCCAGAAUGCGCAAAAUGAAGUUUUAUCAAAGUAAUUUUAUAGCAUGGUAAUGGUAUAUAUCA